AUGCCGAGGCCUGCAAGGGAGCGCUGCGUCCCUGCCUCCGUCGCGCUGCCGCCGAAUCCGAUGAGCUGUCUUCCCACCUCAAUUCGUCCCCUCUCCCUCCCUGUUGCGCCCCCUCCGCAUUCUUCCCAAAUCGGAGCGCCGCCGCCUCCGCAUCUCAGGCCAAAUUGGAGGGAAGGGCAUACAAGUGGUAUAAGUUCAGGGUGGACAGUAUGA